GCAUGCAACAGCAGACACUCAAACUGACUCAGCAAGACAAGAGCACAACCCACUUCGUCGCUCACACUCGACUCAGUCGGCUCCAGCUCGACGGUUACAAGUCGAAUCGCAUUUGAAGUCUCAUCAUAAUAGGCAGAGAAACAUAAAACAUGAUACCACAAAACAACACAAUGAAAUCAAAAUCAGGCCAUUUUCAUGAAAUUAGUGAACUUGAUGAUGAAAAGGAUGAUGAUGUGGAACUUUGUGUCUCGUGUGCUAGUGAGGUUGAGUCGAGGAUCGAAAUCAGUAAGAAAUACACGAAAGAAAAGAAGAAAGAGAAGAAAUCUUUGCAUGGGUUUCUGAGGCGACUGUUGGGUCAUAAGAGGAGGGAGAGAAAAAUGGACUUGGAUGAUGGUUUCUUAGUGUCUCUUGUUAAUCGUCAAGAGCAACUUCACUCGUCAAAAAAAUUACAAUCAGUUGGGAGAGCAUCUGAGAAAGGUAGAGAAGAGACAGUUAGGACAUGGACAGAGAAUGGCAGGACUUUGAUCUCUUGUUGAUCAGCUGCUCAACAUUGACAGCAUACUGAUGAUGUAAUAGAAACAAUGAUGGUGGGAGUAAAAGACAUUGAGUUGUGAUGUGUUGGUGAGAAGAAGAAUAAGACAAAGACGUAGAUGUAACAAACUGUAGCAGCAAGAUCGGCUGCUCUCUAUGUGAUCUCUUAUAUUAUUGUUUUGGAUGUUAAUUAUAAUUGGAUUGGUUGGGUUACUGUACUAGAUAUGUAAUGUAGGUUUACUGACACUUGAAGUUACUAGACAGUACGUUUACAGUGAAAUUUGUAGGAACAUAAAUAUCAAUGAUUUACAGUAAAUAUCUAGUUUAUGUUACACACACCAAAUGUUACAAUAAAUUGCCUUUGGACUAUCA